AUGUCUAACGCAGAACUCGCCAGCUCCUACGCCGCGUUGAUCCUCGCCGAUGACGGUGUUGAUAUCACUGCCGACAAAUUGCAAACUCUCAUCAAGGCCGCCGGUAUUGAGGAUGUUGAGCCAAUCUGGACCUCAUUGUUCGCCAAGGCUCUCGAGGGAAAGGAUGUUAAGGACCUUUUGUUGAACGUCGGAUCCGGUGGUGGAGCCGCCCCAGCUGCUGCUGGUGCCGCUGCCAGUGGUGACGCCUCUGCCCCAGCUGAGGAGAAGAAGGAAGAGAAAGAAGAGGCCAAGGAGGAGUCAGACGAGGAUAUGGGUUUCGGUCUUUUCGACUAA